AUGGCUCCCCUUUACAAGGCCGCAGCAGCAUUCUGCCUCGUCGGGCUGAGUUGGCUCCAGUCCGGGGCUAACGCCUCAGAACAAUAUAAAUAUCAGGCAGUACAAGUAGACGAAGACGCCUACUUGACAGUCAAGUUGGCCCGUAAUGGACAAAUUUCAGCUAAGACCAGUUCAGUCGAAAAGGACGCUACUACCGUCAGCGCCUUGGAGAAAAAAGUAAAAGCCAACGAAGAUUCACCAAAAGAGUCGUGCGAAGCUUUAUUAACAGGGGACCUUAAGACCGUAUUUUAUUACAGUUUCAAAUACACAGAAAAACCAGACUAUCGCGCACUGGUGCAAGAAGCUCUGAAUACCGGACUAGAAGAAUUCGGCACAUAUCCGGAAGAGCCAUCGGGGUGGGAAAAGAUAUGGGAGAACGACGAGGUUCACAGCGUGUUGCACCUUCUCGGAGCCAACAGCACUAAAGUCGGCUGUGUAAUUGGAAACUGCGUAAAAACAUCUGCAACAGAUACACCAAUAAAGUCUGUGCUUUUCUGUCAAUUAGAACCUGCAGCAACGGCGAGCGAUGCCGCCUUUAGCGAGGAGUACUUCAAGGAGAUUAGUACACGAAAAACUGAAUUAAAAAGUAUGACGGAAGACGAUCUAAAAAGCUCUGCAAAUGCUGCCGUUCCCAGCAUUCUAACUGCCGGUUUGGUCGCCAUCCUCGCAGCUAUCUCUGCCUAG